ACGCGUGGAGAGAGCGUGCGCGUGGCGCAUUAAGCGUGCGAUCUGUCAUCAUCAUGCGUGUGUCUUCGCUGGACGCGUUUGGGAAUGGGAGCAGCCGAAAAUGUUGGGUGGAAAUCUGCACUUGCGUCAGCUGGCGGCGGUCCACCGCAGCUAGCGGCUAGGCUAGGCUAGGCUACUAGCUAGCUAGCUUCAUUGAACAGACUGGAUGCACACGCACGGACGUGCCACUGGGGAGAAAAAUCACACCCUCGCUCACAGUGGCCUAGUCCGCAUGCAUGCGUCGUUUUGAAAGAUGUGUUAUUUUAACAACACCCCGUGAGGCGGUCUCCUCGUUGGCGGUGAGGCUAGUUUAGUGUCUGUUAGCAGCGGCGAAUAACGGCACCAUCUCCGGCACAGCUGUUGAGCGGUCGGAGCGGUGCGGCAGAGCACGUUAUACGAAUAUGCACGUAACUACAAUUAUGCUAUGUUCGUGCGUACGUCUCAACAACGCCCCAAAGACGCCGGGUUCGUUUAACGUCCACCUGAGGCCACAUCUGGAGCGUGCUAAGCAAAAUACGGCAUACAUCUGCACCCCCUCCCCUCCUCCUUGUCUCUGGAGCGGCAGCGUUACGCCUAGCAAGCGGAGCCCGAAUCACAGCUUCCGCACAACCGAACGGACUGGACUUGAAAUCACCGGGACGAUCGUUCAGCGCCGUCGCCGCAGCUUCCCGGCGUUUCGCUUGAGUUUGUGCCGCCCGCGUGAACCGGGAGGGCGGGACGCGCCGAGGCGUGUGGUGAACGCGGCUAACGCUAGCCAGCGACCAUUGUUCAACGCUAGCGCCGUGCAGCUGUUUCCAUCUCCAGAGGAUGAGAUGUCCCCUGCGCUCACUGUCUAAAAUAAAUGUAACAUGUCGCUAUUAUAACACAGGAUCUGUGGGAGUGAUAUAGAUUGUGUGUGUGAAACCCGUUCACUCAGCGUUAUUAUCCAGACGGUGAAAUGACGCCUACCGGUCCGUUGCCUGCAUUUUAUUGAUCAACCGAAGCCAUCACGUUGCUCGGCUUACUUUCCUGGACCCUCAUGCAUUAGCGUUAAUCAAAACGCGGGCCCGAUGCUGAGUGCGCCGGCGUCAGGAUGCUCGGCGGCGUCCCGCUGCGCGCUGGGUGGCGGCGCGAGAGCGGCCGCGGCUCCUCGCAGUGUCAGAUGGGCGGUUGGAGCGGGGCUGGCGGCUCCUACCUGGCGCUGGUGCUGACGGAGGGAACACGGUGUUCCGGUCCGACAGAGCUGCAGAAUUCAUCGCCAGUGUUAAAUAUGAUGCUUUUCAUGGACCGCUGUCACAGUAACAAAUGAAAGGGUAGUAAGGGUUUCUGUCUGUAUUUGCUGUGGGAUGUUGUCAUAAUAAAGCCAGUUGUCCACUAAAUGUGUGAUAUUGAUAUGAUAUAAAUGUCUUGGCCUCAGCAGAUGUGGAAUCAAGGCAAGUGGCUAAAAGCCUUGUGGGUGUGUAAUAAGUCAAACAAGUUUUGUUUGAGUCUUUCUCUUUGCUGAUGAAUCCAUGUUCAAACACCAGGCUGUUAUUCAGCGCUUCUAUUUUGAAAUUGGUGACUAAAUGUAAAGAAGCAGGUGGUGAAGAUGAUGAUGAUGAGGCUCUGCAGCCUGUAUGUAACUGCUCAGUGUGUGAGUGACGGCUUAAUUACCGCCCUGAGAUGCUCCAUUUUCCAGGUAAUUACAUAGCAAUGCACGCCACUAAAAUCAUGAUGCAUCUCCCCCUCACAUGUCAAAGACCUUUUUAUAUUGAAGAAGGUCAAGAAGUUCAGCAGGCUUCUGCCGUUUGUCUCUGACAAGAAGGUUAUGGAGACUAGAGAUCAACUCACUGACAUCUAAAAAAACUGAGCUAGAGGUAAACACAGCCGGCGAGCGAGAGGUGUCUCAUGUUUCCUGAUAUGUUGCGGCGAGUCGUGCGACAGAGCAAGUUCCGCCACGUCUUCGGCCAGGCCGUGAGGAACGACCAGUGCUACGAUGACAUCCGCGUCUCCAGGGUCACGUGGGACAGCUCCUUCUGUGCUGUCAAUCCCAAGUUCGUCGCCAUCAUCAUAGAGGCCAGUGGCGGAGGGGCCUUUCUCGUGCUCCCUCUACAGAAGACGGGCCGCAUAGACAAGGCCUACCCUACAGUAUGUGGCCACACGGGCCCCGUGUUAGACAUCGACUGGUGUCCCCACAACGACCUGGUCAUAGCCAGUGGUUCGGAGGACUGCACAGUCAUGGUCUGGCAGAUCCCUGAGAACGGGCUGGAGACGGCCCUUUCAGAGCCCGUCGUCGUGUUGGAGGGUCACUCCAAGAGGGUCGGCAUCGUGUCCUGGCAUCCCACCGCACGCAAUGUUCUCCUGAGUGCAGGGUGCGACAACCAGAUCAUCAUCUGGAAUGUGGGCACGGGGGAGGCCAUGAUCAACCUGGAGGACAUGCACCCCGACGUUAUCUUUAGCGUCAGCUGGAGCCGCAACGGCAACCUGCUGUGCACCGCCUGCAAAGACAAGAAGGUCCGCGUCAUCGACCCGCGCAAGAGGAAGAUUGUGACGGAAAAGGACAAAGCCCACGAGGGAGCUCGGCCAAUGAGAGCUAUCUUUUUAGCGGACGGAAACAUCUUCACCACUGGAUUCAGCCGCAUGAGCGAGCGUCAGCUCGCCCUCUGGAAGAGUGACAACAUGGAUGAGCCAAUAUGUGUUCAAGAGAUGGAUACCAGUAAUGGAGUCCUGCUGCCCUUCUAUGACCCUGACACCAGUAUCGUUUACCUUUGUGGAAAGGGCGACAGCAGCAUUCGGUACUUUGAAAUCACAGACGAGGCACCGUUUGUUCAUUACCUCAACACGUUUUCCACCAAGGAGCCGCAGAGGGGAAUGGGAUACAUGCCCAAAAGAGGCCUGGACGUCAACAAAUGUGAAAUAGCAAGGUUUUACAAAUUACAUGAGAGGAAAUGUGAACCAGUUAUCAUGACGGUCCCACGCAAGUCGGACCUCUUCCAGGACGACCUGUACCCAGACACGGCUGGGCCCGACCCUGCCCUGGAGGCAGAGGAGUGGUUUGCCGGGAGGAAUGGCGGUCCCAUCCUGAUCUCCCUCAAGGACGGCUACGUCUCCACCAAGAACCGCGAUCUGAAGGUGGUCAAGAAGAAUGUGCUGGAGACCAAGCCGGCAACUAAAGCCGAGAACGUCUCCCCUGUCCAGAAACGCGCCCCUCCACAGUCCUCUGUGAAAAUGGAGGAUAAAUUGGAUGAGGUGCUGCGAGAGUUCAAGUCACUCAGGGACCGUGUCAUCCUCCAAGACCGUCGGAUUGCCAGACUGGAGGAACAAGUUGCCAAGGUCGCCCUGUGAGACCCCCCUCUUUCCACGGAGCGCCCGGGAUUUUUGGCCGCGCGUCAGAUUCUCCAGAUUCGGCUUUUAUUCAUCUUGGCGUCGCCUCCGCGCCGACAACCAAGCCUACAUUCCAAGAUGGACUUUUAUUUUCCUCAUCGAACUCGGUUUCACUCUCAGCCCCGACUCUCACACUCACACACGGAAAAGGAAAAGCUCUCCCGGGUUCUGUACACGUUUGAAGGAAAAGACGUUUUUGUUGAACAAAAAGUCUUAAUUUUUAUUGUCUCUCAAAUUGUGGUAAAACAUUCUUAUGUGAAGUUUGUACUUACUACUCAGAAACUGUAUGUAGCAUCAGUAUUUCCAUUCUUUUUGUGUUGCCAAAUAUGAAUUGUGUGCUUUUUCAUGCACUGCUUUUACAUUUGUUUCCUCUCCUGUUGUACAUUCCACUCACGACUUCGUAGAAUAAGUUAGUGGAGCUGGAUUUUUUUUUUAAACAAUAGCUGUUGAACUUUUUCCCUCCCAUCCGUUUGUUCUCGAUUCAUGAAUGUGGAACAAUUCCUUGGAAGACAUUUGUUCCUGUUCUUCUCUGUUUGAAGUUCUAACAGAGGGGGGGGGUCGCAUCUCUUCUGGUGUAAAAUGUUGUGCAAAUCUCGUGGUACCUCUUGACACCGUUGGAGGUCUGAAGCCGCGGCCUCGAUGCGUACGUGGUGUUGAGAGGGGGGCACUCGCCCAACAUGUGCUUCACCGAGCCCCCGACAAACAGUUCUGUGGACAUAAUAAAGAUUUUACACAAGA